UUAGAAAGUUCUACAGAUCUUGUACGGACAAAGUGACAAUAGAGAAUACUAUGAAAAGUUUUAUGUACGGACUAUCGGAGAAACUUGGAGGUGUCUCGAUAAUUACAGGAAAUAAAUAUUCAAGUGAUCACGCUGCAACUUUGCGAACUCUUAUUAGUGUGACUGGUGAACUGCCUUGGUUGCAAUAUUAUAUUUUGGACGACCCAAAGAGUAAUCAUACAAUAAUCAGAUUGCGACUGAAAAUGAAUUGUAAUGAAUAUAUUUUAUUGCAUACCAUUACAACUAUUGGUCUCAUGUUUGGUUCUCCUGAUCGAGUUGAUAAAAUUUUGAACUUCUGUCGUCAAACGUCACAAAUGCAGGUCUUACCAAUGGAUGAUACCUUUUUCAAUGGUAAAAUCUAUAGGGAGAGUGACAUCACUCAACAUUUACCUGGUCUUGAUCUGGUGAGCCUCUUCAAAUAUAUAGUGAAUACUUCUUCCAAACCAGCAAGCAGUUUCUUGUUUAUAAUUGAUGACAUGUCCGUGUUCAAAAGAUUCGACCAUCUUGUUCUCGAAACAGAUACGACGGAUUUUAUAAACAUCGCUUUUCUUCAACUAUUACAAGAAUUCUAUGGAAUGAUACCAACUAUUGGAAUGUACUUAGCGGAUUCAAUUUCUAACCUGGGAAUUGCACGCAAUUAUAUUCAAUCAAACAGUAACUUGCCAUCGAUUCCGAUAAAAAAGAAGACUUGUUUAGAUCUAGCAUACCUGGCAAGUGACGUGCUUGGAUGGUUAUAUAGUAAAAAGUACUUCGAUAAAUAGGUGCAAGAACAGGUAAUUAUAUUCCUCAUAUACGAAACACGGUAAGCGACAUCUAGCUGUGAAUUUGCAGAAUUAUUGGAGGUUUGGAUAGACGGUCUUUCCUUAUUAAUUCUGAUUCUCUGCAAACUUUGCCU